AUGAAACUCGAUAAAACAAUCUUGAGUAUCAAGAAUGCAGUUUUCGCCAAGACGUUGCGGAGGUCACGUGCGCCGGAACUCGUGUUCCAGAACCCAAUCAAAGACUUCACCAUCACCAACAACACCGCAUGGGGUGUGCUAGGACCAGCAAAAGGAGAAUUUUUGAACGUAAUUGCCGGCAAGUAUGUGGCCACUCCCGGAAAAGCGAGGUCCUACCCGGGAUUGACCGACUCGCAUGGCAGUAGGCGGAUCCAAUAUCUCAACUUCAGAGAUAACUCGGGCUUGGAUCAUGCGCACGUAUCGGCAAGAUACGAGAGUUUUUCCUUCAAGGGCGUGCUUGAGAUGUCCGACGACGUCAACUCUGUGUUCAAUUACAUUACCGGGGCAAACAACUACAAUCGUAUGGAAGACAAAACUGAUGUGGCCCUCACUGAGAGGCUCUUGACGCUUUUCAAUCUUAAUCAUCGUAGAAAUAACUGGAUCAAUAGUCUUAGUAAUGGCCAAAGGCGCAGAGCUAGAAUUGCGAAGGCUCUAUAUCCGCGCCCGGAACUAUUGGUAAUCGACGAUCCGUUCUUGGGUCUCGAUCCUCAGGCCACAGCGACCGUAUCCGAGGGCUUGCAUCUGGUCAUGAAAGAACUCGAUGUUGUGAUUGCCAUGGGUCUCCGGAUCCAGGAUGAUGUUCCGCUGUACAUCACCCAUUUGGUACAUGUAGAUCAACAGGGCAUCACAAUUAGUGGAGAGAAGGACGCAGUUCUCGAUAAAAUUAAAAGUGCAAAUAAGUCUGCCCUCAAUGCUCAUCAGCGCAACGAAGUUUUGCACAGUCGCGGCCGGUAUGAGCCCCUUGAGGACGAGUGUGUGACAGACCCUGUCAUUGAAUUCAACAAUGCAUAUGUGGCUUACAAGGGCCAUCACAUCUUGCGGGACUUUACCUGGAAAGUCCCCAAAGGCUCGCGUUGGCGUGUUUUGGGUGAAAACGGCUCCGGGAAGACCACUGUGUUCUCGCUCAUCACCGCUGACCAUCCACAGUCAUGGAGAUCUGUUGUGCUGGUCAAUGGACAUCUCCGCAAAACCGGCAGCGGACAAACGUAUUUUGGAGUCAACAAUCAGAUUGGCAUGACAUCUCCGGAGCUUCAUGCCGUAGUGCCGUUUAGAAUGACCAUGAAGCAGGUAAUUUUAAAUGGAUUGGUUCCGGGCAUUGGCAACAUGAACUUCGCCACGAAGUACAAAGAGAGUGAGGUGCCUUUAUUUGCAGAAAAAGUAUUGGGUGCAUUUGCCGAAUAUGUCGAUCCAAAUGCAGACGUUCCGUUCGGAGAGCUCUCGACAUCUUUGCAGAAAUUGGCCUUGUUCUUGAGGGCAGCCAUCAAGUAUCCAAGUAUUCUCUUGUUGGACGAGGCGUUUUCGUGCAUGGAUGAUGAGGCACUUGUGAUGAAGUGCCACACGUUCAUCGAGGAGGCCAUGCCAGAGUCGACAGUUUUGGCUAUCGGUCAUAUUGAGUGGGAAACGCCAUUUCACGACAGAGUUUUGAAGCUUGUUGGUGACAAAGAAAGGAGCUACGAGAUGUAUAGAGUGGUCAAAGAGUGA